AUGCCAACUACAGUAACCUUCAAGACGAUCUCUUUCGGUCCCAAUCAUGACGAGUUGAGAUCCUAUCCAGCCGACAAGAAGAUGGACAUUUUCGGAGCUGAAAAACAGGUUUGGUACCACUUCAAGCAGGUUCACUUGGUCCUUCUCAUCCGAUGCAAUUGGAAGACGCUAAGCUUGAGUUCCAGCUCUUCCAAAAGUCGCAGACAGAGCCCGUUUCAUUCGGCAAUGAUGUACCAAAUGACUUAUCGUUCCGUCUCUCUCUCUCUUUCGUUCACUUGCUGCCGGCAGUUCAAUUUGCCCAGUUGUCGCAAAGUGUCAGCCUUGCCGGUCUCAUGA